GGCCUUCCUCGCGGCUCUCACCUAGGGACACACAUUCGGGGGUCCCCAGGGCGUCACUCGUGGUCGUGGGAGGGUCUGCCAACAGGGACAAGACUGGGCAGCCAUGGGACUCCUGUGUGUCACUGUCCAUGGUGACCCGUGAGUAAAGGAACGUUGUAAGGGUUGUUACGAGUCCGUGGUGAACAGUAAUGAACGGUAUACAGGGUGUAACACGGCUACUCGGAAAAAAUGGCACUGGAAAGAAUGGCACAGGAAAAAAUGGCACAGGAAAAAAUGGCACAGGAAAAAAUGGCACAUUGUUUAGCCUAGGAAAAAAUGGCACACAAGCAUAUACACCGAUAUCUGAAACUGGAUAAUUAUUAUUAUGUUAUAAGUGUUCGAAGCCUAUAUUGUUAUGUUAUAAGUGUUCGAAGCCUAUAUUCGAAAUCGAUCAGAAGUUUUCUUGGCUCACGUUGUGAAUAAUUUGAUUUUUUGAUUCACGUUAUUCACAUUGACUCGUUAUGUGUGUUGAUUUUGAUUGAUUCACGUUGUGAAUAAUUUGAUUAGUGGACUCUGUGGACUUUUUUUGCGAUGGAAAUUAUCGAAAGCAACAAGGGAGGUCUCAAACUGUGUUACAGUGGAUACAUGUAUACCAAGCAGUGGUCAAGAGGUGAAACGGUGCGGUGGAGGUGUGUCAAGCGAACACUUUCAUGUAAAGGGGCAUUAACAACAUCUCUUCAAAAUGAAAACCCAACACUUUUAACAGAACACAAUCAUGAUGGUGACGAAAGUGCUAUUGAAGCAGCCAAGUGUAAGUCUAGAAUGAAAACAUUAGCAAAAACUACCAGAGAUAAACCUGGUCAAAUAUACGCCCAAAAUGCCUUAACCAUGAGAACCCAAGCGCAGGCUCAUUUCGUAUCACAAGAACAUUGUAAACGACUGAUUCGGCAUCACCAAAGCGCCAAUCAGCCUCGCGACCCUGCUUCAUUACAGGAACUUGUUAUCUCGGGAGAAUGGGCAUCAACAGGUGGACCAGAACCACAACCGUUCCUGAUUUAUGACAAUGGUCAAGACAGUAACAAUCGCAUUAUUGUUUUUGCAAGUGAACAGACCCUACGACAUUUAGCAAAAUCAGACAUCUGGAUGAUGGAUGGAAAUUUUGCCAUGGCCCCUCCUAAGUUUACACAAUUGUAUGUAAUUCGUGUUCCUCUCGGAAACACUGCUGUCUCCGUUGUUUAUGCAUUCCUUCAACACAAGACUCAAAACACCUAUGAACAACUUUUUACGGCAGUUCUUGAGAAAUGUGCAGAGUACCACCUGUAUCCAGACCCUAGAACCGUUAUGCUUGACUUUGAACAAGCAACUCUACAGGCCAUCACGGCAAUACUGGGAUCGGAAGUUACUAUUCGCUGCUGCUUCUACCAUCUGACACAGUCAUCAUGGACAAAAAUACAAGAGUUAGGGCUGGCAACUGUGUACAAGGAAAAUGAGGAUAUUAAGUUGUUCUGUGCUAUGGUCGACAGUUUAGCUUUCCUUCCCCUAGAGGAUGUGUCUGCCGGCAUGAAUUACCUCAAACACAACACACCAGAGGGCAUGGAGCCUUUCGUCAUUUACUUCGAUCAGACCUACGUAACGGGAACUUAUCGACGAGUCCAAAGACAGCAAGAUGACAAUGAGAUCCCAAGAGUUCAGCUCCGCCUCAUUCCUCCACGGUUUCCUCCAGAAAUCUGGAAUGUGCAUGAAGCAACUAUUCGAGACGAGUCUCGCACGAACAACUUAUGUGAGGGAUGGAACAAUCGAUACAGCAGGUUGGUUGGUCACAGUCACCCAACAAUAUGGCGGGCAAUCCAGUGGAUCCAAGCUGACCAUGCUGUUGUAGCUACCCAGUUGGUGCUAGAAUCUCGUGGCGGGCCUCCCAAGAAACGGCAGAAGAGGGUGUACAAGAAUCUACAAACACGAAUGAAGAACCUCUGCCAAGAUCGCCGUGAUGGUCGCAAAUCAGUUGAGGAGUUUUUACAUGGAGCGGGUCACAACAUUCGAUGGAAGUCCUAAGCAUUAUAAGAAAAGUCAGUAAAAUGUAUAGAAAUAAAGUGUGAACAAAUUUUAGCUGAUUGUACUGUCUGAUUGUAUCGUUUUUAGCUUGAGUUUUUUUUAGCACAUUUUGUACUGUGCCAUUUUUUCCUAGACUAAACAAUGUGCCAUUUUUUCCUGUGCCUUAUUUUCCUGUGCCAUUUUUUCCUGUGCCAUUUUUUCCUGUGCCAUUCUUUCCGGUGCCAUUUUUUCCUACAUUCGUAACACGAGUUUCUGCAGAAAUUGCCAGACGAAAAGUGUUAAAGAAAAAGAAGAGUAUAAAAACAACAAUAACAACAACAACAACUGUUUCGAUACAAAUUCUUACCUCCCCGUUGCCACUACUGUUUCAGAUAAAUUUGGCCACCACUGUUUCCGAUGUGAUUCUUACCGCCUCUGGUUCCGAUGAUGUACUUGCCGCUCUUGUAUUGAUGAGGAUUCUUCUUGGUAUGGUGGUGGCUGCUCUGCAGGACCUGGUAGUAGCCUGAUAUUGUUGGUAGCGUGGAGGUCGUGGGUAGUGGUUUGAUUGUGGUUCAUUGUGCGAGUAAAAGACACAACUUAUAAGAGUUCUUCUUGAUUUAAUGAUGGGGAGGAUGUACACGCGUGGUACAGAGACACAAUUGAUUACAGACGGGACGAUACUGAUGUGCUCUCUCUCUCUCUGGACCGAUAUGAAACUCAACUGAUAUGAACUUGACUUGAGCUGUGUCCAAUCUCUCUCUCUCUGAACUCUGUGAACUGAUAUGAACUGACUUUCUCAGCAGACUGACUUUCUAGCUACGCGUAAGGUUCUAUUUAUAUGAGAAGAAACGUAUCUGAGAUGAAGAAAUGACCAAUGAGAUGCUUGGAAAUGGGGUGAAGGAGCCAACGGUAGACGUCGUUAUUUUGGCCAAUGACCAAGGAGGACGACAGGAAGGUGAUGCAGCUGUUUUCCCUAAGGAUUUGCAGGGAAUGUAGUGAAGGAA